AUGUCCAAGACCUUCACCCGCGCCGAGGUCGCGAAGCACAACACCGAGGACUCCCUCUGGUGCAUCAUCGACCACCGCGUCUAUGACCUGACUGACUUCCUGGACGCCCACCCAGGCGGCAGCGUCGUCCUCGCCCAAGUCGCCGGCCAAGACGCGACAACAGACUUCUACAAUCUCCACCGACAAGAGGUCAUCGACAAGUACCGCGACCAGCUCUGCAUCGGCACCAUCGAGGGCGAGGCUCCCGAGGUCAUCUCGCCCGAGCCGGGCAGUCUGAGCACCGUUCCCUAUGCGGAGCCGCUCUGGCUGCGGCCGGAGUUCAAGAGUCCCUACUACAAGGAGAGUCAUCGGCGGUUGCAGCGGGCGAUGCGGGAGUUUACGGAUCGGUAUGUGACGCCUGAGGCGCAGGAGAAGGAGAGGGAUGGGACGUAUAUUAGCCAGAAGUUGAUUGAUAAGAUGGCCGAGGCGAAUGUGUUGGCUAUGCGGUUGGGGCCUGGGAAGCAUUUGCAUGGACGGAAGUUGUUGGGCGGUGUGGUGGAUGGGAAGGAGUUUGAUUAUCUGCAUGAUAUGAUUGUUGCGCAGGAGAUGGUUCGGAGUAACGCGAGAGGCUUCCAGGAUGGAAACAUGGCCGGGAUGGUCAUUUCGUUGACGGCUGUCCAGCAGUGGCUGCGCAAUGCUCCUCUGCGCGAGAAGGUCACCGAGGAAGUUCUGUCGGGGCGCAAGAAGAUGUGCUUGGCUAUCACCGAGGCAUUUGCUGGUAGUGAUGUGGCCGGUCUCAAGACGACGGCGAAGAAGACACCAGAUGGAAAGCACUACAUUGUCAAUGGCACCAAGAAAUGGAUCACCAACGGCAUGUUUGCUGACUACUUUGUCACCGGCUGCCGGACCGAAAAGGGCUUCUCUGUGCUCCUGAUUCCUCGCGGCGAAGGUGUCGAGACCAAGCAAAUCAAGACCUCUUACUCCACCGCGGCUGCCACGGCAUUCGUUCAAUUCGAGAAUGUCAAGGUCCCCGUCGAGAACCUGCUGGGCGAGGAACACAAGGGUUUUAUCGUGAUCAUGAGCAAUUUCAACCACGAGCGCUUCACCAUGGUCUGCGCCGUCAUUCGCAUGUGCAUGACCGUCACCGAAGAGUGCAUGAAAUGGUGCAACCAGCGCAUCGUCUUCGGAAAGAAGCUCAUCGAGCAGCCUGUCAUGCGUCAAAAACUCGCUCGAAUGAUCUCUCUCUGCGAAUCCAACCAGGCCUGGUUGGAAUCCAUCGCUUACCAGAUGUGCAAUAUGACCUAUGCUCAGCAAGCCGCUCACCUCGGCGGUCCUAUCGGCCUCCUCAAGUCUCACUCUACCCGGUGCGCGCAGGAGAUUGCGGACCACGCCACGAAUAUCUUUGGCGGUCGUGGAAUAACCCAGAGCGGGAUGGGCAAGGUUAUCGAGAUGUUCCACCGGACAUACAAGUUCGAUGCUAUUCUCGGUGGCACGGAAGAGAUCCUGGCUGAUCUCGGCGUGAGACAGGCCAUGAAGAAAUUCCCCAAGGCGGUGCUGUAG